UUGUCCCUCAGAGUUUUAGUUUUAUUUUUGCUGCCCUGACAGCUCUUUGUUUUGUUUGUUUAAAUAAAUCUUUUUAUUUAAAUCUCAUCCUCCGUCGGGAUUUGGGUUCAUUCUGCACCUCAACCUAACAGAAUGAUCCAGCCACGACAAGAACUCACCGGGAGGAUGAAAUAUUUUGAUUUUUUGAGUAGUGAGAAUUAUUUUUCGGCGUUUGAGGGGGGGAGAAAGAACCCUGCCAGGAGACAGGGAAGAAGAGGCUGUGACCAGGAAGUGGAGGUCCUCCCAUCACCUCUUCUAGUGGAGGAGGAGGAGCAGAGGAACAUGCAGUUUUGGGGGACUCACCUGGCGCUGAAGCCCACUCCACCAUCGGGUCCUUCUCAGCGCCACCGUCGACGACGGAAAAAAGCUGCGGCUCCUCCCAAGCCAUCUGGGUUUUUCCAUCCGGAGCUCUGUGACAGUGAGCCAGAGUUUGACCCAGA